AGCCACUAAAACGACCUCUUUGAAAAUCCAAUACCCAAUACUCCAAUUGUUUCUCAACACCUUCUCCCUCAGCUCAAUUCAACCAGACAGAACACUCCGCCUCUCAAAUCGCCUGUAAUUUUCUUCUCAUUAAUGUCUCUUUUAAUUUUUCCUGCCCCAUUUCGUAAGCUUUUCUAUUUCGAUUGUUUGACGUUUUGGAAUUCUGCUUUACCCUUUCUAGACGCUCUUCUAGGUUUUGUACUAGUUUCUUCUUCCAGACGCUUUUCACGACUCAUCUUCAAGUUUUUAUUACCUUCUGCUGGUUUGAAUGAGUCCAUGAUCCAUUUAUUCCACUGUUUAUGAUGUUGUGUCUGGUGGGUCAGAUUUAUUCUAUCAUCUGAGUUUAUCCCUUUGAUUUUUUUGCUUCCUCUUGAAAAAGUUUUAUCCUAAUCCGCUUACUUUUGUGGGUUUGAAUGGUACGGGUGGGGACUGGUUGAUGCGUUUGUUCUAGCUUCGUUCUUGAAUAAGAACACUUGACAUUGUCUUGAAUUUUGUUGUUUUUUGAGUUUGGGAUUGGGGUUUAUGUAAGAACAUAAUCUUCAUUGAUUUGUGUUUAGUUUUUGCAUAAUGGGUUGCAUCUGUUCUAAGGUUUUACCGGAUGAGUGUAGUGAACAUGAACAUGAUAGCUCCAAUAGGGCAUAUUCCUCCAGAAAACACCUCUCUGAAUUGAAAAUAUCAAGAGCUGGCUUUCCCAAAUCAGAGAAGAUUUGGGAAAAAGAUAGACUAGAUUGUGGCGAUGUUUCGGUUAUGUUGUUCGAUACGAAGGCGAAUGGUCCUCUGCGCUCGCACGGUGAGCUUCCUAAUGAGAGGAAGAAGGCAGACGUCCCUGAUAUCACCAUUGUCACUCAUCCAUGUAUGGGAAAGAUUCCGAAUGUUACCGAAGCCGAGCAGGUUGCUGCUGGUUGGCCGAGUUGGCUGGCUAAGAUGGCUGGUGAGGCCAUCAAAGGGUGGCUGCCCAAACAUGCCAAUAACUUCAUCAAGUUAGAAAAGAUUGGCCAGGGAACUUAUAGCAGUGUGUAUAAAGCUCGUGAUAUCAUUCAGGAUAAAGCUGUGGCCUUGAAACGGAUCAGGUUCGACAAUCAAGAUGCCGAGAGUAUCGCGUUCAUGGCUAGGGAAAUCCUUGUUUUGCGAAGGCUUGAUCAUCCAAAUAUCGUUAAGUUGGAAGGUUUGAUCACAUCACAAACAUCAUGUCACAUGUACCUUGUUUUUGAAUAUAUGGAACAUGAUCUUACAGGACUUGCAUCUCGGCCUGGCACGUCGUUCACCGAACCACAGAUGAAGUGUUACAUGAAGCAACUUUUGAGCGGGCUUGCUCACUGUCACAGUAAUGGGGUUCUGCAUAGAGACAUAAAGGGCUCAAAUCUUCUUAUUGACAACAAUGGCGUUUUGAAGAUAGCAGAUUUUGGGUUGGCUGUUUUCUAUGAUUCACAGUCGACGGUUCCCAUGACGAGUCGUGUAAUAACUCUCUGGUAUCGACCACCGGAACUUUUACUUGGAGCAUCUCAAUAUGGAGCUGAAGUUGACUUAUGGAGUGCUGGUUGCAUUCUAGGAGAGUUAUAUGCCGGCAAGCCUAUCUUGCCAGGAAAAACAGAGGUUGAACAACUACACAAAAUAUUCAAGCUAUGUGGUUCCCCCUCCAAGGAAUAUUGGAGAAACUUGCAUUUGAAGCAUUCAACAAGCAUGAGGCCUCCGCAGACGUACGAACGAUGUCUUCGAGAAAGAUAUGACGACAUUCCUCAUGCUGCUAUUGAGCUCAUGGACAAUUUGCUGUCUAUAGAUCCUGCAGAGCGAGGAACUGCAGCUUCCGCGCUCGACAGUGAGUUCUUUAGCACAAGGCCCUUGCCAUGCAAUCCUUCAAGUUUGCCAAAGUACCCUCCUAGCAAAGAAAUCAAUUCAAAACUGCGGGAAGAGGAAGCAAGAAGGCAACGAGGAGUAGGUGGCGGGAGAAGCCGAGCAGUCGACGCCGAACUAAAAGGACUGAAGCAAUCUCGGGUAGUUCCUGCUGCAAAGGCCAACUCUGAGUUGGUUAUUUCACUUCUGAGAAAACAAAGUUUUUUGAGCUCGAAGUAUCGGAAUGAGAAGUGUUCUUACGGAUUGGUGUCGAAGAGAACCUCAAGUUCAGGACCUAUAAUAACUCAGAGACCAGGAUUUACAAACUCGAAAACGGUACCGAAACACGUUUCAGCAAUUCCAAGGGAGUGUUUAACAUCAUCUGGGCCAAUUGAGUUUGUUUCUUACAAACAUGUCCGAGAAAGAAAUGGAGUUUCAAGGCCAGAAUCAACGAGCCAAGACAAAACUCUAAGAGUUGGCUGAAUUUCUCCGGGCACGACAUGGUCGGGCUUCGAAGCUCUUGUCGUCUAGAGUCGAAAGGGAAUUAGUUGGUUCAUUAGGCAAUCAAUGUAGAUAGGAAAGGUUUAGGCACAGUUUUUAGGUGUUGGCUUCCUACAAGAAAAGGGAAGAAAAAAGAAACAUAGAAGCCAAGCCACCACCAGUUCUGUUCUUUGAGCUAAUGUACAUAAGUUGGGAUUUGCAUGUAACUAAGAGAAAAUAAAUCUGUCGCUAAUGGGUUGAUUCCAAAUCCA